UCUUAAAAGGGAAGCUUUUUAAAGGAAAGCUACUACUAGGGAAGCUAAGAGAAUUGCCUCAAGGGGCGGGCGCUGGGGAGGAGAGGAUCUCUUCUGACAGGGGAAAAGGGAAGCUGUAAAGAAGGUGCCGAAGCCCUUUGCAGCUUGCCUCCUCCCCACUACAAACUCUACUCCCUUCCCCUAAGGUUAAAAGGAAAGCCGAAUUUGCUGUUUCUCCUCUGUACCUAUUCAAUAAAUAUUACUUUUACCCUCCCACUGGGAAAACAGAAAAGAACUCAUUUCCUUCUCAGUUUUAGGGCUUAGAAAAGCUAGAGGCUUCAUAACUUGAUUUUCAUCCUGAGGGAAUCUAGGCAGGGUACCGCUCUUGUUUGCUUUUCAAAAUCCCCCACCUCAUCCUUCCUGAGACGCCAUGUCUACUAGCAGCUGUAGUUUCAAAGACCGGUGCGUGUCCAUCCUGUGUUGCAAAUUUUGUAAACAAGUGCUCAGCUCUAGGGGAAUGAAGGCUGUUUUGCUGGCUGAUACUGAAAUAGACCUUUUCUCUACAGACAUCCCUCCUACCAAUGCAGUGGAUUUCAUUGGAAGAUGCUAUUUCACUGACAUCUGCAAAUGUAAACUGAAGGACAUCGCAUGUUUAAAAUGUGGGAACAUUGUUGGUUAUCAUGUGAUUGUUCCAUGCAGUUCCUGCCUUCUCUCCUGCAACAACGGACACUUCUGGAUGUUUCACAGCCAGGCAGUCUAUGAUGUUAACCGACUAGAUUCCACAGGUGUAAACUUCCUACUUUGGGGCAACUUGCCAGAUAUAGAAGAGAGUGCAGAUGAAGACGUGUUAGACAUCUCAGAAGAAGAAUGUAUUAGAUGAAUGGAGUUAUGAUAUAUACAAUAUUCAAACUUUUUCCUAUUUAAAAUGUAUAUUAAUGAAUCAACUUUUAAAUUGUUACAUUGAA